UGUUCCCGCUCCAAAGCGAGGCUUGAAACGCACCCUUUCAUAUGUUCGUCCUGUGAGAGAAUAGCCACGUCAACUAUAAGCUGCAUGACGUCAGAACCCCCACUGGGAGGCCCCAAAAUAUGUCACCUGUCAGAGAACUGACCAGCAGGUAGCGGAGUGGGGGGGGAGAGACCACUGCCAACUCAUGGACUUGGAUGAGGCUUUUCGGUCUGUCGGGGAGUUUGGCUGCUGUCAGAGGUGGCUGACUGGCUUCCUCAUCCUGCUGCAGGUUUAUAUUGCUUGUCAGUCCAUGCUGAUAGUGCUUGUUGGAGCAGUUCCUGCGUACCAUAUUGACAGUGAGGAUGUAAAAAUCGAUAAAGACGACGACUUUACUAAGCAUGUUCGAUUUGAUGCUAACUUUACAUCUAUUGUUUCCGAAUGGUACUUAAUCAAAGAAGAGGCAUACAAAGUGAACUUGGCAUCUUCAUUAUACUUUGGAGGUCUGCUCAUUGGAAAUGUUGUGUUUGGUCCCUUAUCUGAUAAACUGGGAAGACGACCAGUAUAUUUGACAGGUCUCUUUCUUGAUAUUGUAUUUUCAUAUGUGACUGCUCUGGCGCACAACUAUGAGAUAUUUGCACUGUCACGUCUAUUUGUUGGGAUGAUGAACGGAGGCAUGGCGCUGGUGUCUUUUGUAUUAACUCAGGAAUAUGUUGGAAAAUCAUACUGGGCAUUAACAGGUUCCUUAACAAAUCUCAUGUUUGCUGUGGGCAUAGCAGUUUAUGCAUUGCUGGGUUAUUAUAUCAGAAAUUGGAGGACACUUGCGAUUGUAGUGAAUUCUCCAGGGAUUGUGUUUUUUCUUCUGUCCUUUUUGCUUCCCGAGUCCCCAAGAUGGCUGUAUUCCCAAGGUUAUACUUCAAAAGCCGAGGAUGUUCUGCAAUAUAUGGCACGGGGCAACGGGAGAGAAGGACUACCCAUAAAGCUGAAAGACUGCGGUGUAAAACAAAGCAAUGGGGAUUCAAAGCACAGUGUCUUCGAUUUAGUGAAAUAUAAAUUACUACUUUGGAGAACCUUAGUCUUGAUGUACAUCUGGUAUGUCUGCAGUCUGGUUUACUAUGGUUUGACAUUAAACGCUGGCGAUUUAAAGGGCAACCUGUAUUUGAAUGUGGCACUUUCUGGACUUGUGGAACUUCCAGCUUUUCCACUCUGCUUGUUUUUUAUUGAAAGAAAAUGGUGCGGGAGAGGAAGAGCCACAGCUGGAUUUCUGACAUUUGCUGGUUUAGCUUGCUUAUUCACAAUGUUUUUAACCGACAAUAACCGCUUUAUUAUAAAUCAGACCGGUCUUGCCUUACUUGGAAAACUGUCGGUUAGCGCAGCUUUCAACGUAGUAUACAUUUAUACUUCCGAACUCUACCCAACAGUAGUAAGGAAUGCAGGACUAGGUGUGUGUGCAAUGGCUUGCAGAUUCGGUGGCAUUCUUGCUCCUUUUGUACCUUCAAUGAAAUCUUUAAAUCCAUCAAUGCCAUUCUUGGCAUUUGGAAUCAGUGGCUUAUCAGCAGGGAUUCUGAGUCUAAUACUUCCAGAAACACUUAAUAAGCCAAUUGCAGAAACCAUUGACGAUUUACAGUCUCCUGCAUACCAACAGUUAAAAAAGGCUAAACAAGUGGAAGAGGAAUCUUGAAACGUGAAACACAGCAUUUUGUUUAAACGUGUACAAAAACGGGUAUUGGUUCUGGUCAGAAAAUUGAAUUUCUGAAAAAGAGUGCACCGUGAAUAUUCCAGAAUUGUUUAAUAUUAAGAACUUUUACAUUCCUGUUACUUUUAAUUCGAUCCAUACUGAACUGUUGUGGUACCCACAAUCUUCAAGGAUUGUCCUCUGUUAAAUAAGUACUGUGCAAUAAUACAGCUUUGCUUCAAAAGACACAUUGUAAUCUAGCGUAGGAAAAUAUAUUGAAAUGUAUUGCAAUUUUCCUUUCCUGGUUAAGAUUAUUGGAGGUAUCUUUUUUGUCCAUCAGGCAGGAUACAUUUAGUUUGCCAGCUUAAAUCUAAAUUCUAUCAUCUUUACUCCUCUCCUUACUGCUCAAAUUGUGCAAAGCUUACCUAUAAAAUGUGGGCAUUUCAUUUUGCAAUGUAUCUUAACUUGUAAAGGAAAAUUGUGGUAAGUAGGGAUAUUGUUCAUAUUUUAAUCAUCCAUGGCAGCAUUAAAUGGACAGUACCAAGGCUAUGAAAUAAAAGGUAGGUAGCGAGCCAUAUCUACUACAAAUCUCACAAUUCUUUUGAACAACUAUAAGGUCAAAUCAGAGGCAGUAAUGGCAUCUCCUGUGUUCAUGGAAUCUCAAACCCUUAAGGAUGGAGGCAAUUGUUCUGAACCAAACCAAAACAAAACAAAACUGCAAUUUUACUGAUGAUAUAAUCGUCAUAAUACGUUUUACUGCUCUAAACUGCUCAAAUACUCACUUGUUUUCAGCUGUGUCUCACGAGUACAAUACCUCUCAUGUACAGAUUUCAUGGGGAAUUGGAAAGUUACAGGGUCAAAUAUAGGACUUGCAAAUUAAAUUAUAAGGUGUAUAUUUUAUAUAAAUAUAUAAUUUCAUUUUAAGUGUAUUUUGAUAUUAAGAUAUGUAAUGAUAUAUAUUAGUAUCAAAAUACAGUUAUAUAUAAUAAUACACGUAAUAUUUAU